UUUCUCCUCCAAAUUUCAGUGUCCCCGAACGCUAUUGGCGGACUAAGUAGCAGCACGUGGGCCAAUCAGCGACGCGCUUCUUCCAACGAAGCCCGGACUCAACUUGUUAUUCUAUUUCCCCUUCCAGCCUCGACGUCAAAACGUAACGUCAAGCCGCGGGGGCCAUGGAGACCCAGUCGGUGUACAUGUGCUUCCCCUGCUACAAGGAGUUCAACACACUGGAAGAGGUGCUCAAGCAUCAGAUGACAUGCACGGCUGAGGAAGACCAGGCUGACACGUCCCAUGUCACGCCGGUUAUUGUUCCGGUGCUCCAGACGCAGCCACAGCUAACGCAGGAGACUAUAGUCCCCCAGAUUAAAGUGGAAUUGGAGCCACUGCUCCAACUGCCUGUUGAUAAUGUCGUGCAGCAGAGGGAGAUCGUGGCACAGGAGGUUGAUCUCAGUGAAGCUCAGUUGCUGGACCAACCCCGAAUCCUCUACCAGUGCGGGGACUGUGAUGAGCUCUUUAAGAGCCUGGACCUAUGGCAAAAUCACCGCAAAGGAGGCGCCUGUCUGAAGGCUGUCCUCGAGGGUGGGUCGGACGUUGAGCCGCAAUCCAGUUUGCAUCCCGAAGAUCCUCAGCCUGUCACCGAGGGUGACGUGAGUGACAAACCUGACCAAGUGGAUGGCUCAGGAGUCGAGGAGGAGGAGCAGCAAGUCGGCGAAACUUCUUCAGGCCACGGUUCUGAUCAAAUUACAACUGAAGUGAUCACGUUGUCGUCUGCGCAGGAAGAGUCGUCUCCCAGGAGGCGAGGGGCAAUCAAGAAGCCCAAGCCUGAUCCAGUGCUGCUGUGCGUGGACUGCGGCUCCUGCUUCGGCCUUGUCUCUGAACUGGUGGCCCACCGCAAGACGCAUGGCUUCGAAGAGGCCCUACACCACUGCACCGUGUGCGGCGAGAGCUUCCUUAACACCACUCUCUUCCUCUACCACCGCAAGCAACACCGGCAGAAAGGCGAGGGAAGCGCCACAGUGGCGAGUGGCACAUCGGAGAAAACGUAUGCGCAUAGCAGUACGGCGGACGGACAGGAGCCAGACGGUGCUCCGUCCGCCUCUGCACAGCCGGCCGAGCUCUUCUUGUGCAUCCAGUGUGGCGCCAGCUUCAACGAAGCCACUGUGCUGGUCGCACAUCGCAAAGCACAGCACAACCUGCACAAGCCGCUCCACACGUGCUCCUACUGCUCUGAGACCUUCAUGAAUACAACCCAGUACCUAUACCAUCGCAGGCAGCACCGUGUUCUCGAGUGCGGGCCCAUAGAUGAAGUUGAGAUUGCCGACGAGAUCGCAUCCUCUCUGGAGGAAGCGCAGAGCUCAAAGCGUCCGCUCUCUUCGCCCGGUGCCGCGAAGGAGUCAGAUGCACCGGCCCCAAAGAGGAGCAGGCCGACAUUCAGGAUCAUCAGCAAAGGAAACAAGGAUUCAGGCGCUAAAGAGGAAUCAGAGGGCGGAGUGACCGUUGACACCGCAAACCUCCCUCCACCUGCCAAGCUGCUGCAGGACUGGUCCCGCACAGCUCUGCCCCACGUUUGUCCCUACUGCGGCAAAACCUUCACCCGGCGCGUCUUCCUCCGCACGCACGUCUACAGCCACACUGGAGAAAAGCUCUUCACCUGCAAGGUGUGUUCAAAGUCCUUCACGAACUCGCAGAGCCUGCUGCGUCACACCAUGAGUCACAGCGGAAACAGGCCCUUCUCCUGUGACGUGUGCGGCAAAGACUUCACGCAAGCCGCCACCCUGAAGAGGCACCAGCUCAUUCACACCUCGGAUCAGCCCCGCCGCAAGCGUGGGCGCAGACCGAUAUGUGUUGCAGACAGUGAUGGUGGAGAUGGUCUCUUCUCAUGCCCCCUCUGCCCUUCACACUUCCACACAGAGGAACAGCUCAACCAUCACAAACUUCUCCACACCAGCAACCCGUUCCCCUGCCCUGAUUGCGGAGAGGCGUUCAGCCGCAGGAAAGACCUCGACCUGCACUCGCUCACCCAUCAAGAUAAGGAACCCGUCGUCUGUCCCCAUUGCUCCGCCCAGUUCAUUAACGAGACCGUGCUGGACAUCCACCAGCAGCGCUGCACUGGAUCUGAGGAGGAGAGGAACACUGGACGUGGGCGCGGACAAGGCCGAGGUCGCUCCACUGGACAGAUUGAGUGCGACCUGUGUGGCCACCGCUGUAUGACCCAGGAGGGCCUGGACCUCCACCGACUGUCGCACACCGGCCAGACUCCGCUCAAAUGCCCGGUGAGGCCUUGCCGCCGCCGUUUCAUCUCCAACAGGGCCCUGGAGGAGCACGUGCUUGCCCACUGCCAAGGCAAGAUGGCCAAGACCAAGAGCCGAGCCCGCUUCAAGUGUCAGAUCUGCUUCAAGGGCUUUGCCUACAACUCCACAUUUCUGGUCCACAUGAGGACUCACACCGACGAGAGGCCCUUCGAGUGCACCACCUGUGGCAAAUGCUUUCGCCAGCUCCCCCAUUUGCAGGACCAUGAGCGCAUUCACAGUGGCGUGCGGCCCUUCUGCUGCUGGAUCUGCGGCAAGAGCUUCAGCGUGGCGGCCCGCCUCACCGAGCACGCCCGCACCCACAGCGGCGAGAAGCCCUACCCGUGCCCCAACUGCCCCGCCGCCUUCCGCUCCCGCUCCAACCUGGACAAGCACAUCCGGCAGCACGGUGACCAGGCCGCUCAGGCUGCCGAGGAAGUGGCCAGCGCCACAGAGGCGGCACAGGUCCAGAAGGUGCUGGAAGGUGCCAAAGUGCUGUCCUCGCUGGCCACCACCACGACCACCACCCAGGUGGAGGUUGACGAAGGCAGCAUGCAAACCAUCUACGUGCUGCAGGCGGGCGAGGGGGUCGGCGAGGCGGUCAUGAUCCCUGCCGAGGAGCUGAGCGGCAUGGACGGGACGUCGCAGGUGGUCAUCCUGCCCACGUCCAUGCUUGGAGCGCAGGGCAUCACCAUUCCCACCAUCACCAUGGACGGCAGCGAGAUCACCAUGAUGGACGCCACGCAGUCCCCGCAACACUCCAUCGAGUUCAUUGUGGAGGAGACCAUAUGAAAAUACGAUUGUGUGAAUGACUGGUUUAUGUUCACGGGGUAAAGUUUCACAAUUAGUUUUCCCCACAGAUACUCUCCUAACAUAAAGAUGUUGGGCUUUCGGAUAUAAAUUUUUUUACAAUUUUGGUUCAUCCUGAAAUUUCACCCGAAAGACAAAUAUUCCCAGCUUUUUGUGAGUAAUGCAUCUUGUUAGAUUGUUUAACCAAUUAGAUUUGCUGCUUUACCCACCAUGCCUUAAAAUGCAUUUACUCCUUAAGAGGCCGUUUAAAUAUUCACCAUCAUUUACUAAAAUUUGUCCACUAAAAAUUGUUAAACUGUUCUUAAGCACAUUUAAAAAAAAAAAAUCUUUAUUAGUUUACAAUGGAGAAUGUGGACUUCUAAGAGAAGAGCCUGAAGUUAUUAAUUACAUGAAAGACAUGCCAGACAUACCAUUAUCCAACAUAAUGGUGACAUACGCUUAUAAAAAUCGGGAAAAUGUGAUAUUUUACUGCAUGCAUUGAAUGGAAACUAUACGGCCAUCUGGUGGAUACAUUUAAAAAAAAAAUAAUAAUAAUAAUAAUCAAACUGAAAGCCAGCAGUCCAAAUUGAAAUCUUAACAUAAAGAAUUGCAUUAGAUAAAUGUAGAGUAUUUUUAAUGGGACUUGUCUUUCUUUAGCUUUUCCAUUUUAGGCCCAUUUAAGGGAAAUCUCUAGAAAAUGGAAACUAAUCAAAGGCACAAAAUAUCCAUUGAAAACUUCAGAGUUGAAGGAAAUCACAUUGUACAGACUUGUUUGUUAAGGAAGACCCGUUCAUACAAAUGUCUCCUAUAAAACUCCUCAGCUACAGAUCAUCCACUUUAGCGGCCCCCGUUGUCACUUUCCUUUUCUGGCUAACAAGUGUGGGAGUGAAAAGGCACCCAGCUCAGCAGCAGUAGAAGUCAGAGUACAUCUUCCAUCAUGCCCCCUUUACUGUCACCAGCUAGGCGAGGUGUGUGUGAAGUAGAAUUGUGUCUCUUGUAUAGAUCAGCAUUCAUUUCUAGGGCAUUAUUAUUGAUUGUUUUUGUCCUCUAAUUAAAUAAAUUCUAUUAUUAUUACAGCGCGA